CCCCGCAGAGGCCUUGCUGAAGCUGGAUCAUGAAGGAAGACGUGAAGGGGAUUCCCGUCAAAGUAGCCCUGCGAUGUCGCCCUCUGGUCUCCAAAGAGAUUAGCGAGGGCUGCCAGAUGUGCCUUUCCUUCGUACCCGGGGAACCCCAGGUGGUUGUUGGCACUGACAAAUCUUUUACCUACGAUUUUGUGUUUGACCCCACAACUGAACAGGAAGAAGUCUUCAAUACAGCCGUUGCGCCACUCAUCAAAGACAUAUUUAGAGGUUACAAUGCUACUGUCCUUGCUUAUGGACAGACUGGCUCUGGAAAAACCUAUUCAAUGGGAAGCACAUUCACUGCAGAACAAGUGAAUGAAUCAACAGUUGGAAUUAUUCCACGGGUAAUACAACUACUUUUCAAAGAAAUUGAUCAAAGGAGUGACUUUGAAUUUUUCCUGAAAGUGUCAUACUUAGAGAUUUACAAUGAAGAAAUUUUGGAUCUUCUUUGCUCAUCGCGUGAGAAAGCACCUCAGAUAAAUAUACGGGAGGAUCCUAAAGAAGGCAUAAAGAUUGUGGGUCUCACAGAGAAGACUGUUUUUGUUGCACUGGAUACUGUUUCCUGUUUGGAGCAGGGAAACAACUCAAGGACUGUGGCCUCCACAGCUAUGAACUCUCAGUCAUCCCGAUCCCAUGCCAUCUUUACCAUCUCCAUAGAGCAAAGGAAGAAAAAUGACAUGAAUAGCAGCUUUCGCUCCAAGCUUCAUUUAGUAGACCUUGCUGGAUCAGAAAGACAGAAAAAAACUAAAGCUGAAGGAGACCGUUUAAAGGAGGGUAUUAAUAUUAACCGAGGUCUCCUGUGCUUGGGAAAUGUAAUAAGUGCUCUUGGAGAUGACAAAAAAAGUGGCUUUGUACCCUACAGAGAUUCCAAGUUGACAAGACUGCUUCAAGAUUCUCUAGGAGGUAAUAGUCAUACUCUUAUGAUAGCAUGUGUGAGUCCUGCUGACUCCAAUCUAGAGGAAACAUUAAACACACUUCGCUACGCCGACAGGGCAAGAAAAAUCAAGAACAAACCUGUUGUAAAUAUUGAUCCCCAGAGAGCUGAAAUUAAUCAUCUGAAGCAACAGGUUCAACAGCUACAAGUCUUAUUGCUACAAGCUCAUGGUGGUACACUACCUGGAAAUAUAAUUGUGGAGCCAUCAGAAAAUCUACAAUCAUUGAUGGUAAAGAAUCAGUCCCUGUCAGAAGAGAAUGAAAAAUUAAGUCGUGGUUUAAGUGAUGCAGCUGGUCAGACAGCCCAGAUGCUGGAGAGGAUCAUUUUGACAGAACAGGCGAAUGAAAAAAUGAACGCCAAGCUAGAAGAGAUCAGGAAACAUGCAGCCUGCAAAGUAGAUCUUCAUAAACUAAUGGGGACUUUGGAAAGCCAGGAACUGAAAGAAAAUGUAGAGACAAUUCGUAACCUACAGCAAGUCAUUACCCAGCUAUCGGAUGAAAAUUUUGCUUGCAUGACUACCACUAUGGAUACAGUAGAAGAGUCAGAAUCUCAAGAGGAUAACAGUCCACAGACAAAUAGAUCUUCCGAUAUUUUCAUCACUCAGCAUGCUCUACGUCAAGCCCAGAUGUCUAAGGAACUUGUUGAGUUAAAUAAAGCCCUUGCACUAAAAGAAGCCCUAGCCAGGAAGAUUACUCAGAAUGAUAACCAACUACAGCCCAUUCAGUUCCAGUACCAGGAUAAUAUUAAAAAUCUAGAAUUGGAAGUUAUCAAUCUGCAAAAAGAAAAGGAAGAAUUGGUACUUGAACUUCAGACAGCAAAGAAGGAUAUCAAUCAAGCCAAGUUAAGUGAGCGCCGCCGUAAACAUCUCCAGGAAUUAGAGGGUCAAAUAGCUGAGCUGAAGAAGAAAUUAAAUGAACAGUCCAAACUUCUGAAACUGAAGGAAUCCACAGAGCAUACUGUCUCCAAAUUGAAUCAGGAAAUAAGGAUGAUGAAAAGCCAGCGCGUACAGUUAAUGCGUCAGAUGAAAGAGGAUGGUGAGAAGUUUAGACAAUGGAAGCAUCAAAAAGACAGAGAAGUAAUACAGUUGAAAGAGCGAGAUCGUAAGAGGCAAUAUGAACUUCUCAAACUUGAAAGAAAUUUCCAGAAACAGUCUAAUGUGCUCAGACGUAAAACUGAGGAGGCAGCAGCAGCCAACAAGCGUCUUAAGGAUGCUCUUCAGAAACAACAGGAGGUGGCAAAUAAACACAAAGAGACUCAGAGCCGUGGGAGGGAAGGUACUGCUGCUCGAAUGAAGAAUUGGCUUGGAAAUGAAAUUGAGGUUCUGGUCAGUACCGAAGAAGCCAAACGCCAUCUGAAUGACCUUCUUGAAGAUAGGAAAAUUCUUGCUGAGGAUGUGGCUCAACUUAAAGAGAAAAAGGAAUCAGGGGAGAGUCUCCCUCCUAAAUUCAGGAGGCGUACUUUCUCACGUGCUGAUCAGUGUCAUCCAGUUUCUGCAUCAGAGGAUUCCAUCACAAAGCAGAUUGAAAGCCUAGAGACUGAAAUGGAACUCAGGAGUGCUCAGAUUGCUGACCUACAGCAGAAACUGUUGGAUGCAGAAAGUGAAGAUAGACCAAAGCACCGCUGGGAGACUAUUGCUACCAUUCCAGAGGCCAAGUGUGCACUGAAAUAUUUAAUUGGAGAGCUGGUUUCCUCCAAAAUACAGAUCAGCAAACUUGAAAGCAGCUUGAAACAGAACAAGGCCAGCUGUGCCGACAUGCAGAAGAUGCUGUUUGAAGAACGAAAUCAUUUUGCUGAAAUACAGACAGAUUUACAGGCAGAGCUGGUCAAAGUGGAGCAACAGCACCAAGAAAAGGUGCUGUACCUUCUCAGUCAGCUGCAGCAAAGCAAAGUAACAGAGAAGAAGUUAGAGGAGUCCAUCAUUAUAAAGGAAAAACAGUUGCUGAGCACAAUGAAGUAUCAGGAUGAAGAAAUUGAGAAGAUGCAAGAAGAAUAUACACGAAAUCAGCAGCUUCUCCAAGAAAAUGAAGCCAUGAAGCAGGAACUGGCCCUUCUCCAAGUUGUCAGCAAACAGAAACCUCAUCUUUCUCAGGAUACCCUUUUAUCUCGAGAUUCUUCUUUCGAAUAUAUCCCACCUAAGCCAAGACCGUCACGUUUUAAAGAGAAGUUUCUGGAACAAAGUAUGAACGUUGAGGACCUAAAAUAUAAUCCAGAGUACUCUGUAAAUGAGCCUGAGGUCAAUGAUCGUGAGACUGAUAAUGAUGAAGAAUGGACGCCAACCAAAUUAGUUAAGGUGUCCAAGAAAAACAUCCAAGUGUGUUUCUGCAAGGGCUGGUGUGGGAACAGGCAGUGUGGAUGCAGGAAACAGAAGUCGGACUGCAGUGUAGAUUGUAGCUGUGACUCCACAAAAUGUAGGAACCGGCAGCAAAGCAAGGAUAGCUUGGGCUCUGCUGAGCAAACCCAGGAUUCCGAAAGCACCAUCAAACUGGAGGAUCCCACAGAGGUCACCCCAGGAUUAAGCUUCUUCAGCAGCAUCUGUGCCACUACCACUAGCAAUAACCUGAAGGAGAUGUGUGACGUGGAAGAGCAGAGUUUGUUAAAAGAGACAGCUCCAGCUGCCUCUUACAUUGACCUCCCAGAAUCUAACAACACAGCAACAGAAGCCCAAGAAAAUAAAGCUCCAGGCAAGAGAAAGAAGCGUGCUCUGGCCAGCAAUACCAGCUUCUUCUCCGGCAAUUCCCCUACUGUCCAAGAGACCCACUGA